AGAAAAAACAAACUCAUUCUUCUUACAUAAUAGGGGAAGGAGAAGAAAAAAAAUGAAAUAAGAAAAACUCAACUUUGUAAUUCGUGGAGGGAAUACUUUUCCAUUACGCACGCACUUUAAUUACAGACGAGAAAAUUAUAAUUAAUAGUAAUACAGACAGCAGCAUGCGCCCACCGGUUAUUCUCAAAACUACCACCUCUCUUUUGGAUUCUUCUUCUUCUUCACCACCCUGUGAUCGCAGACUCAACACUCUCGCUAGACACUUCCUUCCGCAAAUGGCUUCUCACGACAGCAUCUCCGCUUCUCCAACCUCCGCUUCUGAUUCCGUCUUCAAUCACCUCGUUCGUGCUCCCGAAGAUCCUAUCCUCGGGGUAACUGUCGCUUAUAACAAAGAUCCAAGUCCAGUUAAGCUCAACUUGGGAGUUGGUGCUUACCGAACUGAGGAAGGAAAACCUCUUGUUUUGAAUGUAGUGAGGCGAGUUGAACAGCAACUCAUAAAUGACGUGUCACGCAACAAGGAAUAUAUUCCGAUCGUUGGGCUUGCUGAUUUUAAUAAAUUGAGUGCUAAGCUUAUUUUUGGGGCUGACAGCCCUGCUAUUCAAGACAACAGGGUUACCACUGUUCAAUGCUUGUCUGGAACUGGUUCUUUAAGAGUUGGGGGUGAAUUUUUGGCUAAACACUAUCACCAACGGACUAUAUACUUGCCAACACCAACUUGGGGCAAUCACCCGAAGGUUUUCAACUUAGCAGGCUUGUCUGUCAAAACAUACCGCUACUAUGCUCCAGCAACACGAGGACUUGACUUUCAAGGACUUCUGGAAGACCUUGGUUCUGCUCCAUCUGGAUCUAUUGUUUUGCUACAUGCAUGCGCACAUAACCCCACUGGUGUGGAUCCAACCCUUGAGCAAUGGGAGCAGAUUAGGCAGCUAAUAAGAUCAAAAGCUUUGUUACCUUUCUUUGACAGUGCUUAUCAGGGUUUUGCUAGUGGAAGUCUAGAUGCAGAUGCCCAACCUGUUCGUUUGUUUGUUGCUGAUGGAGGCGAAUUGCUGGUAGCACAAAGCUAUGCAAAGAAUCUGGGUCUUUAUGGGGAACGUGUUGGCGCCUUAAGCAUUGUCUGCAAGUCAGCUGAUGUUGCAAGCAGGGUUGAGAGCCAGCUGAAGCUAGUGAUUAGGCCCAUGUACUCAAGUCCUCCCAUUCAUGGUGCAUCCAUUGUGGCUGCCAUUCUCAAGGACCGGAAUUUGUUCAAUGACUGGACUAUUGAGUUGAAGGCAAUGGCUGAUCGCAUCAUCAGUAUGCGCCAAGAACUUUUCGAUGCUUUAUGUUCCAGAGGCACACCUGGCGAUUGGAGUCACAUUAUCAAACAGAUUGGAAUGUUUACUUUCACUGGAUUGAAUGCGGAACAAGUUUCCUUCAUGACUAAAGAGUUCCAUAUAUACAUGACAUCUGAUGGGAGGAUUAGCAUGGCUGGUCUGAGUUCCAAAACUGUCCCACUUCUGGCGGAUGCGAUACAUGCAGCUGUAACCCGAGUUGUCUAAAACAUGUUGACAACAGUUUUCAACAUGCUCCCUAGUCCCUAUAGGAGAACUUCCAUUAUUUUUGUUUAAUAAUUGUCAACAUCAACAAUGAAACCUUUUAUUUGAUGUGAGAUUUUUAAAGGAAACUUUUCUGCCUACCGGGCUCCAUCCAGAGAUUUAGCAUUAUAACAUUUUUAUUCCGU